AUGAACGAUAUCACAAUUGUUGAAAAGAUAUUACGCUCUUUGACGCCGAAGUAUGAUUAUGUCGUUUCCUCCAUUGAGGAGUCAAUAGAUAUAGAUGAGUUAUCUCUUGACGAAUUGCAAAGUUCCUUAUUGGUGCACGAGCAAAAGAUGAAUCGAAAUUCAACUUUUGAUGAGCAAGCCUUGAAGGAGUCUACUUUUAUUUCUUCCAAUUGUAGAGGAAGGGGUAGAGGUAUAGGUAGAGGGAGAGGAGAUCGAGGAAAUAGAGAUGGAGGCAACAAAUAUGGCAAUGGAAAUUUUAGAGCCAAUGAUGACUAUGACAAAGGCUGCCUAAUGAGAAGGAAGAAAAGUCAAAUUUUGUUGAGAAUAAGGAAGGAAACCUUGUUAAUGGCGGUUCAUGCUGAAAACGAGCCUGAAGAGCAAACUAUUUGGUAUGUGGAUACUGGUUGCAGUAACCACAUGACUGGUAGUAAGUCUUCUUUUACUGAUAUAAAUGAAAACUUCCGAUCGACAGCUAGUUUUGGUGAUCUUUCAACAGUGAAUAUGAUGGGAAAGGUUAAUAUCAAGAUUAGAACAAAAAAUAGGUGUGUGGAAAUCAUAUCUAAUGUAUUCUAUGUUCCUGCUUUGUGA